AGACAUUUUUUUUUGUUUUUGACAGAAAAUUUCAAUUAUCAUGAAGGUCAAGGUCGUCGCACGCCCCCCGUAACUCAUUUUUUUCGCACUAGAAUCAAUUUAUCCACAACGCAAAUUAUCCAGCAAAUUGGAACAGAUUGAGAUCCAGAAACAUCACCAUGGGUGCUCUUUCGAUGCAGACGCAAGGUGCUGCCUUGCUGGUCCAGCUUUGUGCAGUCAUGGUUUUCGAGGCGCUUGUCUGUCAGCUGGUGAUGGCGGAGACGCUGGGGCUUCCCUACCCCUGUACGAUUGCGUGCGCCUCGCGGGUUAUCGUACGAAAAAAGUGUUUCACUGUAAGGAUUUUGCACGUUCUGCAUGACAAGUUUGUUCUACAUCACAGAUAAAAUUUGCCAUGCGAGAUCCCUAAGGGAAAACACAGCUAAAAAUCCAUUGUCUUGCAUGUGUAGCAAGACAGACACGUCUCGGAUGCAUUUUCUGCAUUACAAGUUUACAGUGAAACAGUUUUUUCUUGCGAUACGGGUGCUGGCGGGAUUUGUGUUGCUCCUCGCGUACGUCAACGCCGCGGAACGCUACAACCAGAAAUCCAGCAUGGUGGCCGCCAUGGGCGGGCUGCGCCCGCUGUUGUCCGUGUCAGCGCGCGUGGGGAUUCCCACCACAUUAGCGGUGCUGUGUUGCAAACUCGGGCUUCAGCGCACGGGGCUGUCGACGGGAUUGAUGCUGCUGUGUACAGCUCCGUUGUUCGCACAGUGGCUGAGCAGGUCGAUGAUUGGCAGCAUCUCCGGCGGAUCGACCGCAUUUAACACGGAAAGCGGUGACUGCUCCGCCCGGCACAGCAACACCGUCCCGAGCAAUCGUAGCACGACCUCGACAAACUUUCGCAACGAUUCUUCGAGCUCCGUGCCUUUAACUUCUGCGGGGCCGCUUCCACUGGGCCGGCUUGUUUGUGCAACGGUGACUGCGGUGGUCGGCGUGGCGGGAAUCCUUUUUGUCGAGACGCACUUCUUCGGAACGACAAUUUCCACUCCAGUUGCGUUUCCCAACACCAACUACCACUCAACAAACGCCUGGCCUGUGGCUGCGGUCGGCUGUGCUUUGUUUCUUCUGGCUGCUGCGAUGUGGGCGCUCGGGCUUGUGGUGCUUACGAAAGAGGUCGACUUCGUGGACUCGGAGUCUCCGCAUCUCUUGGUUUGGGGACUGGGUGCGCUGAUGGGUGCCUCGUGUGUUCUCCUUCCACUUUCGCUCCUGGCGGAACGGCCCGCAGUUCUCGGACGAGCGGGGGAGCUGCCCGUGACUCCCGACAGCACUAGUUUGGCACCAGAACAACAAGCAGGACUACACGCAAGCGCGGCCUCCUUUGGGCGUUGGAUCGCUGUGAUUUGGGUGGUGUUGGCAAGCGGAUGCCAGGACCUCUGGAUGAGCAAACUGAUUUCCGGGUUUUUCUUGUCCGCACAGACGUUUCUGCUGGCCCUGUGCCUUGUUGCGCCGCUUGGGCUUGCGCUGGACGUUUGGCUGCUAAAUCAGGCCGUCAGUGCCUACAAGGUUUUCGGCGGGAGUCUGAUUAUCGUAAGUGCGGCCCUGUGUUGCAAUACUGAGUGGAGCAAACUGAUUCGAGGUGGCCCGCCCGAUGACUACUCGCGUCAGGACCACCUGGAGGACACGGACACGACCAAAUCGCGGGUGACCUCCGACCACGUCGGCGCGAGCUACGGCUCGAUGCGCGUCCCACCCCGGACUCCCGAUACCACGACGGGUCGACGUGCGCUUCCGCGGGAGGAUGUGAUCGAUGUGGACGAGGAACCGCAGGUUGGGCUCGCUCCCAGGCCCGCGGUGCAGCCGGUCACGCUGCUCUGCCAGGGAGCGUUUCUGAGUAUCUCUCUGAUGGUGGUGUUCUGCACACUGCCGCUUGGUACAAGACCUGGCGCGGCGAUAGCUGCGACGCCUCCAGCCAGCGGCGCGCUGUCCUCUAGUCUGCAGGAGAGUUUUUAUACUUCGCCCGCGGGGGACGUCGAAAUGAAGGACGUACCUUCCGCUCUGAACGCCGAUCGGAAACAUGAUGCCAUGUCGGCCGCGCGGGCCGCAGUCGGCAGUAAUCUCUUGUCGGCCCCUCGAGCAGGUCAUCGUCGUCCAGAGCAAGGGCGGCAGUUCGCCGAAAGCUACGAACAAGUCGCGUCCCAAAUCGUCCUCUCGACGACACUGAGUCCACCAAAAAUCGCUGCGGAGACGUUGAACAGCAGCCCCGAGGAUCCGUCAUACCGCAAGCAGACACCGGAGCCGGUGGUUCCGGAGGCGAUGCGCAACCUGCCACCGCUGCGCAACGACGGCGUCGCACUCCUCGGGGGAGCGCGGUUGCAGCUGCAAGUGCCGCUUCGAAUGGUGGAACUGUUUCAGGGUCUGAUGUGGCGGGAGCAGCUGGAACCCGCAGAUGCCGGCAUGGUUUUCCCUUUUGAAGGGGACAGCAUGGUGAUGCGGUCGAUCCACAUGAAAAACACACUCACCGAUCUGGACGUUAUCUGGUGCUCCGCGGAAUCGAAGAAGAUCGUGUUUCUGAAAACCCUGAAGCGAUUGGAUCUCCACGCCACCUCGACGCCCACGCCCGCCAGCUUGAUCCUGGAGGCGGCGCCGGGGUGGGCCGCCGCGAACGGCGUUGCGGUCGGGGACACCUGCGAGGUGCACUACAACGCCGGGGCCCAGCCGUUCGUCUGGGAACACCGCGGCGAAAUGGGACCCGAACAGCAAGUCGAGCUUGAGCUGGCGAAGAGCAAGGGGCUGGUGUGAGGUGCGGCCCUUCUUACAUACGAAGAAGUACUCUAUUUGAAUUACCAAAGGAGGUGGAAGUUUCGGAUACCUACUCUUUUGAAGGUACAUUGAUUGAUUAAGUUCGAAAAAAUGUUGUUGCGCCAAGAAAUGUCGUGAGUCCAAGUCCAUGAUGGAACCAGGUACGUAGAUCUAGUGCAUGUUAAAGUGAACCCAUUUUUUAGCGUUUUUUUUUUGAUAUACAACUCGCCGACCUCGCGAGCCCUCCGGAAAGGCGUGUGCGAGUAUAUUUUCCCGCCCCGUCUUCAAGUAGAGUAUAGUACAUUUUUCUCAGAACGGCCAAAGAGUGAAAGUCAAGUCGUGCAAGGAGUUCGCAUUUCAGAUACUUACCCAGGAACCGUUCACACUUCGCAUGAUACAUUCAUCGCCGCGUUUUAAGAUGAGAAGGCUGGC